GCAGUUCCAAAAUUAAAUGUUAGGCGUCUGAAGCUUGCCCCACUUUGUCAUGACGCUGAAAGCUAUCAACCAUGCAAGUAUCCAAAUCAUAUCAUGUCCGGGACAAGAGAUACAUUGAAAAAAACUUUUUCCUGUGCUAGGGGGGGCAAUAUUAUGACAGACACACAGACAAACGCUAGGUAAACUAUAACCUACAUGAGUUAUGACAUUUCAUGGAGGUAAAAAGUUACUGGUGUUACCAAUGUACAUCCACAAGAAAUUGUUCACCUGUACCAUGUAAGCAGUGUUUUCUACACCGAGGCGUUACUACAUGACACCUUAUCGUUCAAAUGGCGGAUGGCUUUGUUAUGGCAUCAGAGAAGCACUAUACCUUUGGGCGUCAUGUUUCACAGUUGCCCAUUAAAGACGCCGCGGUGCCGUUUACAUGCUGGCUAUUGGUGCAAUUGUAGCAGCCGGCGACAUCUGGUGGGCCUUUUGUUGGGCUAAUUUUAACCUCCUUGGUUAUACUGCUGUAAUCAUCAACACUCAAGCUUUAAAGUUUGAUUCUCCUUUUUUUAGGUCAUUUCAUCCUCAUGUUAGACUACUUUCAGAUCUUGGUUCCAGAAUGGCCGCUACGGAUAUGUUAGUAUUGAACCCGACUUGUGAAGACAGGCAGAGUUCGACAGUUCAGUGUCCAGCAAUCGUCAGUCCUCGCGCCAAGGGCAAGGGACGACGGGGGAAAAAGUCACCUGGUAACCGCUCUAGCUGCUCGAACACCGAAGGAAACGUGCCUAAUCACAUGCGACUAAGGGCCAGACGACACACGGAGGGUUCGGACAUAUUGAAGCUCCCUCUUCUGUCAGGUGUUGUGCGGGUUCCAAGACGAAGAGUCGGGCUUCUUGACGCGAUUAGACCUGCCAAUGUAGAGACAGAGAAAAGUAGGUUCAUGCGGGCCAACUACAACUACAACCCCCUUUUCUUCUACAACUACCCGGCGGCACCAACUGUACUGGAAAAGUUCAGUAAGCCAUCCGACACAUACCUAGAUCAAGCAAUCACCAUCAUGGAGAAUGCUCUGAAGAGGUUUGGAACGUACGAAAACUUCGAGGCGAGAACUGGCGGCAAGCGGCUGACACGAGGGGAGAUCAUGACUAUCGUUAAACGAUGCUUCAAAAGGGAGAAAUUACAGAGCGGCGAGGUGAUAAUAAACCUGUCAGAUGACCUGUUGUCGCGGGCCUCCAUGACGCAAAGCCGGGGCCGGCCCACGCUCAACAUCAAUGUCAACACCUCACGCCAGUUCUGGUUGGAGGGCGUAGCAAGACACGAGAUAGGCACGCAUUACCUCCGGAGUUAUAACAACAGACUCCAGCCAUGGCAUGGUGGGAAGGGUCGGCGUCAAUACGGCCUUCUCAGCGUCAACCCUACCGAGGAGGGCCUGGCCAGUCUGCACAGCGUCCUGUACCGCCGUCACCCGUUCCUGUGGCGGGCUGCUCUUCUAUACUACACAGCGUACAGGGCUUCUCAGAUGUCUUUCUCCAACCUGUUCAAAGACCUGGGUAGGUUUGUGCGGGAUCCGUAUGUACGGUGGGACUAUGUGCUCAGGGCCAAACGGGGACAGGUAGACACUUCCUUGCCGGGUGGUUUCUGUAAAGACCAAGUGUACCUGGAAGGCGCCCUGGAAAUCCUGAGGUACAGAAAAGAUAUCGACUUCCACAAGUUGAUGCGCAUGGGUAAAGUAUCCUGGCAGGACUUAGGGAGACUUCAGGAGCACAUGCAGACCGAUGGGACUCGAAUACCCAGCUUCAUGGACAACCUGGAUCAGUAUAGAAAACUGUUAGACUACAUAGUCAUGGCUAACGGACUUUCUGAUGAUCAACUGUAAGACCUGACAGUCAAUAUACAAUAGAAUAGCCUGUUAAGGCGACUUGCGUUGUGCAACAGAUCAUCAUUAUCAUACAAUUUUUUAAGACUUUAUAUCCGUACACAAAAUA